AUUUUUUUCAGGCAACCAGGGCACUGUGGGAAAUCAUCCGGGUGCCCUUGUCCCCACAGGCAUCUUUUGCGGUCCCCUGCCUCUUUGUGGCUCUGCUUGUCCAAGUCUUCUGCAGCACAGAGCAGAUGCCAAGUAAGAUCAAUUUCUUCUGGAGGAGAUGCCGGCAGAGGCACCACCAUCCUGCCAACCCCAACAGGUUUGCAGUACUGACGGUGAAAGCGCUGCUGUGUCGCCUCCAGCUUGAGGAUGUGGUGCUGGCAGUUGAACGUAAGAAAGGCUGGGACACCCUGCUCAGCACUGACACCCACUGCUAUGCAGUGGGUCUGCUGGCCAGAGAGAUGCACCGUGUCUCCAGGCCCAUGCGCGAAGGGAUCGCACGCUACCUGCUCACACUGUUCACCAGGGAGGAGUCACGCUGGAGGGUCCCUGCCAUGGCAUUCCUUGUUGAGAUAUUGAACUGCCUUAAAACAGAGAAGCUGGUUGACACCAUCCUGCAGCUCAUGACAAGUCACCUGCAAAGUGACUGCAAAGAAAUGCAUCACCUGGUGCUCAGAGGCCUCCUCAUGUUCUGCAAAAAUCCCUUGAAGGCCAAAAGGUUGCAGAGCCUUACUAAAAACCUCAUGGAACUACUGAAGGAUGUAGAUGGGGAACUGAUUGAGUUGACCCUCCCGGUGCUCAGCAAGGUGCUCCUGGACAGAGAUGUUCCAAUCGCUACCCCCAUUGCUCUGCAGCUGGGUGAGGCACUGCUGCCACUAUUUGACAAUGACGCUAGUCGAGUGCGACUGCUCUCCAUUCACCUCUUUGGAGACAUGAUAGUCCAUGUAGAGAAAGAGGGAAAAAGGCACCUGAAGACAUGCGUGCACCAAAGUCUGCUCCCACUCUUCUACCACCUGCAUGAUGAGAACCAGUGUGUGGCAGAGGCCUCUCUGGAAACUCUGCUAAAAGCAACCAAGUUCCUGAAGAAGAGGAGGUUCAUGCAGCUGUUGGAGAGGGAGCAGCCAUGGAGAGUCAGUGAGUGCCUACUGUCAGAGGGCAGGAGGACAACAGACGAGUACCGGCGUCAGUCCCUGACAUACUUGGAGAGCUCGCAGGAGUCCAUGAGAGAGACAGCUAUCAGGUUCGUAGGGCUCGCUGGACAGCACAUGAGGGGACAACAGGAAGAGUUCCAGAACAUCUGUGAUGCCCUUGCAGGAAUGACAAAUGACAUCAGCCCCUCCAUCUCAACCCUGGCAGAUCAAACACUGCGCAUCCUAAGAACUGCACCAAGACAUCGAUUGCCCUUCAGAUUCCAGCUGCUACAAGACAAGCUCCAGAGGAUAUGGAGGAGAUAGCCUUCUUUCUGGGUCAGCAGCUUCUUGUGCUUCCCAAGCUCUAAUCAGAGCUGAUCCCGAGCACUUUAUCUGCUAGGGCCAUCUAAGCCUUCUCAGAAGGCCAAGAGUUUCCUGGGCUCUCCUGAACCACAGGAUAGCUUUCUUCCACCCUGUCACAGGAAUAUAAAAACCAUGUUAUCAUA